GCCAUCCCCAGCAGCAGCGCCCCGAGUCCCCGCCCGCCUGCCGGCUCCUCACCUAUCAGAUUUCCUGUGCGCACCGCGCGCCGCUCCUCCCACCUCCUAAAGGCCAGCGCAGGGGACCGCCGCGCUCCGUCAGGACCCAGCUACUCAAGGGACGGCGCAAUGCGGCUCUGAGCUCGGGCAUCGGUACGGCCCCGCGCAGGGAGUGCGGGGCGCAUGGCAGAUUUGGAUCAAAGCGAAUGUGAGUGAGCUGGAAGCAGAAUCCAUUACAAACCCAAGUGUCUGAGGGGAAAUUUCCUGAGCAUGUGGGACUCGGUUCUAUUCAUUCCUUCAGGGCAAUCUUAGCCACGGUCCACGAUGUCCCAAGGCAGUGAGUCAUUCAGGACUACUUGGGAAUUGGGCUUCCCAAGGCAGAGAAUCGUCAUUUUCUGGCAAACAAACCAAGCCCAAGACCUAAUUGUGCUGAAUGUCAUAUGCUGACAGCUCUUGGAAUCCACCCUUUGGCUUAGCUUUCAAACAAGAGGUUCAUCUUACCCAGGAAAAGGAUGGCUUACAUGAAGAUGAGAUGGGUAUAUAUUUCCCUGAUGGUCCUGGGAGUCUUUUGUCUGUAUUAUAACCUGGAGGAUCUGAAUCCUUUUAAAGGAGAACCAGUGAUUUUCAAGAAUGAACUUGGGGACUUCCUUCAGCUCCCAGAUAUAGAUUGCGAGCAGGAUCCCCCCUUUCUGAUACUGCUGGUAGCUUCAUCUCACGAGCAGUGGUUUGUCCGCUUGGUCAUCCGGAGCACGUGGGGAAGAGAAAAGAUCAUAAAGGGAAAGCGGAUAAAAACAUUAUUUCUCCUGGGAACCUCUCCCAGUAAACACAUCUCAAGAGAAGUGGCCAAGGAGAGCCAGAAGUUUCGUGAUAUUAUCCAGAAGAACUUCACAGAUGAUUAUUUCAAUCUGACCCUGAAGACCAUGAUGGGGAUGCAGUGGAUCUACAGCUUUUGUCCACAGACAACUUUCGUGAUGAAAACAGACUCUGACAUGUUCGUCAAUAUCUACUAUCUGACGGAACUGCUCCUAAAGAAAAACAGGACAACUCGGUUUUUCACCGGCUUCCUAAAACUGAACGAGUAUCCCAUCAGGAAACGGUUCAAUAAGUGGUUUGUCAGUAAGUACGAAUAUCCGUGGGACAAGUACCCGCCCUUCUGCUCCGGCACUGGCUACGUUUUCUCUAGCGAUGUGGCGGGCGAGGUGUACCAUGUUGCCAAUAGCGUGCCCUUCAUUAAACUGGAAGAUGUCUUUGUGGGGCUCUGCCUGAAAAGACUGAAGAUCAGGCUGGAGGAACUUCACUCUGAGCAGACUUUCUUCCCUGAUGGGUUACCGUUCACCACGUGCCGUUAUAAGAAGAUUGUGGCCUCCCAUCAUAUCAAGCCGCGAGACAUCCUGAAGUACUGGCAGGCUCUGGAAGGUUCCCUGCCAGAAGAGUGUCCAGAUAACUGAGGGGAGCCUAAAAGUGCCCAUGGACCACCGCGGUGAUGGCUUUUGAAAGUUCUUUGAUGGUGUGGCUGAGACUCCCCAGGUCAGGGAGGGAGUGGGGAAGGAAGAGGCAGAACACAAGGUCCUGCAGCCUUCCCUGUCUAAAUGUAAAUGCCACCACAGAUGAAGCCCCAUUUGGUACCCAAGCCAUAACAGACACCAUCUCUUGAGCACCUACCCUGAGGCACUAACUCACGCGCAGCUGCAUCUUCUCACGUCAGGGGCAGCAUCCACAUGGAGUGGUGGGUGUCACCACUGCCACUUCACACACAAGGAGAGGGCAGCUUAGAGAGGGAUGGGGACCUGUCUCAAGGAUGACAGCCAGCAGACACCAGAGCGAGGGGGAGAGCCCAGUGUCGUCAGAUCCCAGGCGGCAGCCUCCGUCUCAGUCCACCCUCGUGAGCUGCCUCCUGGGAGAGGAUGGUGGCGAUGGGGGUUUCAAGGGGGGCCUUGCUGCUGGCAUCCGUUGGUCCCUUGUAAGAGUCCCCUCCUCCUCCUCAAGUCCCAUUCUUGUGCUUUUUAGUGCAGAGACUGGGGUGAACCAAUGCCCCCCAUCCCUCCGGUACCGAGUUCCCUGUGUUCACGAUGAGUCUGGCUGCCCUGAGACCCUGUUAGCAGCUUGGCACUCAAUUCACUACACAGACAUUGCUGCAGUGGCCGCAGCUCUACCCCCGGGAAACACCCAGUUCUGGAUAGAAACCAGUCUUUAGAAACCAGACUCAGCUCAGAACUCACUGUGAAGCUUGGCCUGCUGUACAUACCUGUUGGCCCUUCUGCUGAGUGGGGGAUCCCUGAGAGCACAGCAUUUCUUCCCCAGUGUCCAUGGUGACCCCGUCUGUUGGCUCCGUCUGUCCUUGGUCUGCACUUCAGGUCUCCAAGUGCACACUGGAGGGUGGCUGGAAGCAUCAUCCAUGAAGGAUGCUGGGAGCUUUUCUGGGAACUGGGAAUGAUUUAAGUCAAGACCCUCUCAAGCAGCCCCUGGGAUGUUAAACGCUGAACUGAGUCCUGGUCCAAGGUGCGUCUCCCUGAGUGUGUGUCCUAAGCCCAAUCCCAGCUCAGCGUCACUGCAUUCCUCAGAUGGCCAAGGAACAGCUUCAUUUUGUGAUAUGGACUUUAGUAUGCAUCUCCUGGGGGUUUGGAAGAGCCUGUUCUGCAGGGUUGUGUGGAAACAAAACACUUUUUUUUUUUUUUGGCAGAAUCUGCCCAUUCAGCCACUGUCACAAGACAUACAAAGCCAUCUUGCUCCCAAUCUCCAGGAGGAUCAGUUCUUACUUUCUACUUUAUUGCACCGAACUUUAGCACCACUCAGAGCCGAGGCCUCACAUGGCUGUGAAACUUACAAAUGUUGAACAAAGCUCUGACCUGAACACGGGAAGAGGUGUCUGCUGCAGAAUGGUCACAGCUGGGUUGAUCUGCAAAGUGGCAUCUUAUUUUGCACACUGUUUUUCGUUUCUGGACGGAGCUGCUUCUUGGUGGAUGUGUUUUCUUAUCCCAGCUUCUCUGAAUGUGCUGGGUCAUGUUCAGAAAAGCUACCUUCUCAGGUGGGAAAAUUAGGGACUGAGCUUGUUUUCUGAAGCCUGGAUUUAGCAGGGCCAGUCAGUCCCGUGGGACAGACUCCCUCUGAUUUGGGGGAUAAUGGUGGGUUUUGGGCUUUGAGGGUGAAGGAGUCUUUGGCAAUAGGGCUGCGUUUGUGCUUAGAUGUCCACCUUGUCUGGGAUGCAUGUCCAUGUGGCCACUGGGCUGGGAGGGGAGGUUCAUCUCACUCAGGAUCUGGUCUCAGCACCUGCCCAAAGCCCUCGCCAUAGGAGCACAAGCACACACUCAGCUCCACCCUUUGUGUGCUCUGAAACAGUUUUCUGCAAAACACAUCCCUUGCCCCCAUCCCCAAUUCUAUUUCUUUAUAUAAUGAAGACCUUUUAUACUCUAAGGAAAAACAUGUUUUGUGGCUACAGAACUUGAAGGGACCUUUGAGCUUAUUUGGUCUGGCAUUUACAUAGGAUGAAAAUAAAGCUCAAAGAGACCCAG